GAGGUUGUUGGAAGACGCGUCGGGCCCUGAUACCCACAUAGAACAAACAUAGAUUAUGUGCUUUAUAUAUAUUACACAGUUAGAUAAAUUAUAUGCGGGCGUGCUGCAUGUGUUUCACCUUGACGGUCGUCUGCUGCGGAUGUGUAGUUCCAGCCGUCUCCACAAGGCCGGGGAGCAUUUCCUCUGCGAGUCUGCUCGUGCGCCGGCAGUGAGGGAUGUGUUGUAUCAUUCAGGCUGCCCGGCAGACGCGCGGUCCUCCAGUCGGUAUCCUGCAGCCUGAUCAUGGCCCUCAACAUCCCCGGCGUGGCCGUUAUGGUGUUCUUUUACCUGCUGGUCCUCGGCAUCGGCAUCUGGGCUUCAUUCAAGUCCAAAAGGGAAGCCAAGAAGGGCCACGGGGAUACGACCGAGAUGGCUCUGCUGGGAAACCGGGGCAUCAACCUGGUUGUCGGCAUCUUCACCAUGACAGCUACGUGGGUUGGAGGUGGAUUCAUCGUGGGCACAGCGGAGGCAGUGUACAACCCCUCCAUGGGACUGAUCUGGGCCGUGAUGCCUAUCGCAGCGACGAUGUGCUUCGUCAUCGGUGGCCUGUUCUUCGCCGAGCCGAUGAGAAACAAUAAAUAUGUGACCAUGAUGGAUCCUUUCCAGAUCAAAUAUGGAAAAGUACCGACGGCCGCUCUGUGUCUGGCUUCGCUCAUAUCAGAGAUUAUGUGGGUAACGGGAACACUCAUAGGAUUAGGUGUAACUAUGAGUGUGAUCCUGAAUUUGUCCUACACUGUGAGCAUCUGGAUUUCAGCUGCUGUGGCCAUCACCUACACCCUGAUGGGAGGUCUCUACUCUGUGGCCUACACAGACAUCAUACAGCUCAUUCUCAUUUUCAUCAGCUUGUGGCUGUGCGUUCCCUUCGCUAUGAUGGGCCCCGCUGUGGUGGACAUCGCUGAGACAGCCUACAACUCCACCUUCCAGUCUCCAUGGGUCGGUACUCUGGGGGCAGACCGAGCCUGGAGGUGGAUCGAUAACUUUCUACUUCUGGGUUUGGGGAACUUGGGUCUUCAGAACUUCCACCAGAGGACGCUGUCAGCCACCUCCUCGUCUACAGCCAAGAUCACCUGCUUCGCUGCUGCGUUCAUCGUUCCCACAUUAGGCAUCCCUCCCAUACUCCUCGGUGCAGUGGCUGCAUCAACAAACUGGAACUUGACUUCUUAUGGUUCUCCGUCUCCAUACGAGCGUGGGGAGGCGGGACUCAUCCUGCCCAUCGUGCUGCAGCACCUCACCCCAACCUACAUCUCCAUCAUCGGUAUUGGGGCGGUGGCCGCCGCUGUGAUGUCAUCCACUGACUCCGCCUUGCUGUCUGCGGCCUCCAUCUUCACCGCCAACAUCUACAGGAACAUCCUGAGGCCACAGGCAUCGGAGAGGGAGAUCCAGUGGGUGAUCCGGAUCUCGGUGGUGGUUGUGGGCCUAGCCGGUACGUCUCUCACCUUCAUGGACAACAGCGUCCUGAUGAUCUGGAUGCUUCGAUCCGACCUCACCUACACCCUCAUGCUGCCGCAGCUCGUCUGCGUCCUCUUCUUCAGCGUCUCCAACGCUUACGGGGCCGUCCUGGGCUGCGUGGUGGGCAUGCUGCUGCGGGUGUUGUGCGGGGAGCCGCUGAUUGGGCUACCACCUAUUCUCAAAUUCCCAGGAUGCAUUCUGGUAGAUGGCGUCUACAUCCAGCACUCCCCGAUCAGGACCAUUUGCAUGCUUUCUGCCAUGGCGGCCAUCCUGUUGUUCUCCUACCUGGCGUCUCUGCUCUUCAACAGAGGCCUGAUUCCUGAGCGAUGGGAUGUUUUUAAUGUGAAGGCUCAGUACUCGAAACAAUCACAAGCUGACGCCGUAUCCGAAACUAAGGACGAGAAAUUGAAAGAACCAAAUGAGAACAAUGACGCCUGUGAGCCUAUGUUAGAAUCAACAUGUUAAGUAAGAAACCUCAUUUAAAUACAUUUUUUUUACAUUAUACAUCAGUAAGGACUGGUUUAUUAACAAAUGUUUGCAAUGUGUAAUGACAUCAUUUUAACAGUACAAUAUAUUUAGAUUUUUUUGUAUACUUUUAUAUACAACAUCAAUGGGGAAAAAAACAUCACACCUUUGCUCUUUGUUAUUAUAAGAGCUCAGCUUUAUUUUUCAUUGAUGGAUUAAUAGACAAUACACCUCUGGGCACAAACAUGUAACCCCCCCACCACCACCACCACUACACCACCCCCAUUACCUGACUAGGAACAAAAUGUUAAGACUUGUUUCACUGCUUUUUGAGCAACAUAUUGCAGAUUAGCCAUAAGCGCUGCUGUUGAUGGAACUUUAAUUUCUUGUUCAUGCAGAUGAAGGACUGUUUAAGCCCCUCUCAAAGCUCCCGCAUAUUACACACAAUGCUAUCGGUGCACACAAUUUAAUAGGAAGGCCAUAAUCUUCUUAGAGCAGAGCUGCGCAGCUGUCAAACAUACAAUCUUUGAUGUGGGCUUAUUGUACCCUUAGUUUGCACGUUGAAGCUCUAUUAUGUUGGAAACAAAUAUCGAAAAAUACGAGGAAAUGUCAGAUCAGGUUUGGUAUUGGCAGGUACUCAAUAUUAAAAGACACGGACUGAGAUCAGCAAAAAACAAGCAAACAUGAAUUGCAUUUGACUGCAUUUGAGUUAGCUUUAUGACCUUCCAAAGACAAAUAUUAAUAAAACUAACUUAAUGCAGAGGCUCACUGACCCCGUUGGGCCCCCAGGCUUGAGCACGCUAGGCUCAUGAGAUAAUCCCUCGGUGCUUUAAAAGGUGAUUUUAUAUUUGAACCAACAAAAUUCUUCUUUUGGUCUAAGUCCUGAUUUUACAGCAGGCAUUAACAUUAAAACAACAAUAGCUUUCCACAGAAAAGUAUAGUUAAUAUUGAAAGCAAGGCGUGACCCGGGGUUAAUACUGCUGACAUACCUCACCACUACUGAGUGAAUACUGAGAGAAACCAGCAGGGCUGCUUGAACAACCCAAUAAGGCCGACCGAUUUCAUUAUGGUUUACUCGGGGCUGAGCAAAGCAGAUUAUAUGGAAGCAAAGGGGCCUCGCUGACCUGAGGUUUUUAAUAUAAUCAGUUAAUUUGAAACAUUUAAAAGAAUCCAUAUUUUCUUUACAAGUGCACUUUAUAGUUUUAUCGUAUUGAAAUAUUAUUUCAGGUCUGUUGUCAGGCUAUGACAACAGACACCUAUAAUGUGACAUGUCUUUUUACACCACAACUGAUGUUUUAAACACUAUACGGCAGAGGGAUCACUUCAAAUAAUCAACCAAAUAACUUCAAUAUUAAAGGGAAGUUCUUGUAUUUGUUAACAAGCAAGAAGCAAUAGCCGAACAGUGAUUGACAGCGGACUUCAGUACUGACUGCUGGCAUAAUUAAGCACUUUAUGGGUUAAUAUUGAAGUAAUUAUGACACUGAUGCAUAAAAUGAAAAAAAUGUCAAUCUGUAUGGACAUAUAAUACGUUUUGGAAUUAAAGCCUUUACAUGUUGAAGUCCACACGACUUUAUCUGAAUCCACGUGUGUCCUAUAAACUCGUGAUGACACAACAAAAAUAACCCCCCCUCUGCACAUGGAAGUGUGCGGCAUGUCGGGGCUGUGACAGAUGUCCGUACAGCCCCCCCGUGACAAUCUAAGUGAGGUAACAAUAUAUCAGCGGGUAUUUUCUGAGGUGACAUCUCGCUCUCGACUUGUCUUUGUGCCAACAGGUCUAGUGGAACAAUGGUCCCAAAGGACACGGUAACACAGACGGAGAUAAAGGUCUUCUAUAAUAAGACCGCACGAGUGCUGCUGUCAAAAGGACGGUGCCUUGGCUCUGUUGUGUGGAUGAGGGUUAGGUUCAGAAUGAGAAAUGUACGUAUGAAAGGACAGUGUGUCAGAUUACAACUGCAUUAAUAUAUUGAUUUGCUUGUAUUUGUGUUGAGUGGACAGCUAUAGUCCUUCAUGAUGGUUGAGAUAUUAUUUAAGAAGAUUUUAAACUGCAAACAAUAAGCCCUGUAAAUGUUUUUUGCAAAUGUUUUAGAAAUGUGUCAUCAGUUAGGGAUGUAAAGAAUUACCGGAGCACUUUCCAAUUAAAACUUUGCCCAUGGAAAUUUCUAUAUGUUAAAACGGAACAAGUAGUGACGAUAAGAAUUGUACAAAUUCUGACGACGUUUUCUUUUGAAACAGGUGUAACGUCUGUAAAAGCUUCCAUCAUUCUGGAUAAUCUGCUCUUAUGUUUAAGAUGAAUCAAGACAAGUGUGUGGAAUUUGACUUGAGCCAUAAAAAUUGGUUGUAAAAGGGGACGAAACUAUUGAAAUAAGUUUGAGUGAAACUAUUUGUCUAUCAGUAAAAAACAUGACAAAGUU